ACACCAGUAGUCUCUCUUUCUCUCUCUCUCUCUCGCUUCGUCGCGGAGCUGCAAGUCACGGUCUCGUGCGCCACCGGCUCUCCUCUCGACGGCGACGCCGCCGUGGGAUCGGUCGAUGGCCAAGGCGCGGAAGCCUCCGCAGGGGGCGUUCGCGGCGGCGGAGAGGUUCCUCGGGUUCCACGGCCACCACCGCGGCGGCUCCGUGGCGCCGGCGUACGGCGACGACGACCUGCCCGACCUGGCCGAGGCUGACGUCUGGUACUCGCCGCCCUCAGAGGGGCCCGCGGAUCGGCGAGGUGGGGGGCUGGAGAUCGGCGGCGGCGGGACGACGCGGAAGGUGGGCGGGCUGAGCCGCGCGUUCGCGGACGGGCGGCAGGUGAUGAUGGCGGCGGCGUCGGCGCCGGUCCAGGUCCCCGCCUGGCCCGGCCGCUACGCCGACCCCGACCCGGCGGCCUACGCCGAGGAGAAGCGCCGCGAGGCCGAGGCCGAGGCCAACGACGGCGACGGGUGGGUGCCGCCCCACGUGUACCUGGCGCGGCGGCAGGCGAGGUCGUCGGUGGUGGAGGGCGUCGGCCGGACGCUCAAGGGCCGCGACGCCUCCCGCGUCCGCGACGCCGUCUGGAGCCGAACCGGCUUCGACGGCUAGCUGAGCUGAGCCAAUUUAGAGGAUUUAAUUUCUUCGAUUUCUAAUUUUUUUCCCCUCCUCUCCUUCUCUCACUCCUUUUUUUUUGAAAAAAUUUUGUAAUAUGAAUUUUAU